AUGGCCGCGGAGGGUCCGGCGGCGCGUCUGUCCGUCCUUCCCGCGCCGGCAGUGUCGCCGCGCCCCAGCGCCCAGAGACGCCGGGCCCGCCCCUCGCCCCGCCCGGCCGGACUCCGGGACCCGUGUCACCCGCGGGCUUGCGCUCUGGCGCCGCCUGCCGGGCGACGGGGCGGGGACACGCGUCCGGCCAGGCCCUCGCGCUUCGCACCUGUGCAACAGGACAGCUUGAACCUGGCUCCCUGCGCAGAACCAAAGAGCCCCUGCACUGACUUGGGAACAAAGCAGAAACUGCCCCGGAGGUGUCUCUUUGCAGUGACCAUGAUACCCACGGUCCCCAGCGAGCGUCCUUCCCUCAUCCGGGGCCCUGGGUGCUGGGCACAGAGCGGGGCGCCGUGUCUGUGGACCAAAUGCACCGGACAGGCUGCGGGGGCCGGGCCGGGCCGGCUCAGUCUGGGCUGGCCCCGCAGGCUGCGUGUGGGCAGGAGCCGAGCUGGGGCCUUGCCCGGCAGUGGGGGCCGCGGAGGGAAGGACGACGGAGCUCCAGGUGGGGAAGCCGCCGCUGGCCUUCGGCAGCCUCAGGUGACAGGCGUGUUCACAUCUGCUCAGGUGAACGUGUCCUUCUCGCUGUCCCUGGAGCUGCUCUCCUAUCAGAGGCUCCCGGCUGACCAAAUGCUGCCCGGAGUGGACAUCCGGCAGCGCACCAGUGGGGAGAAAGAGAUGGUGUUUACUCAGAACCUGCUCCUGGAGUACGCCAACCAGACCACUCAGGUGGUGCCCCUGAGGGCCACGGUGGCCGUGCCCGAGCUGCAGCUCUCCACCAGCUGGGUGGACUUCGGGACCUGCUUUGUGAACCAGGGACAGGUCCGGGAGGUCUACCUCAUGAACCUGAGCGGCUGUCGGAGCUACUGGGCUGUGCUGAUGGGCCAGCAGGAGCCGGACAAGGACCCUGUGGCCUUCAGGGUAUCUCCAAACAGAGGGCUGCUGGAUGCAGGACCGGUCAAUGUGCCCCCAAAUACCAUCACCCUCCGGGUCCAGACCCCCUUCCUAACCUCAACCUCCCACUCCCUCCAGGAGCAGUGA